AUGGGGGUGGGGGAGGCCGAUUUUGCUCAUAUAUUUACAUUAUAUUAAAUAAAUUCUGAAACUUCUCCAUUCCGACCACCAGAAGGAAUUUUUAAAAUUGGUAUUAAUAUUCGUGUGGUCUUAAUACUGAAUUACGAUUAAUACAUUGAGAUGGAAAUAGAAUUACUUAUACUUUUACUUAUGACAGCCAGCCACGGCAAGCCCAUUCCCUUUCUAAAGGAAAGAGCAGACGAAGUGGUCAGUAGAAGCAAUUCAGCUGCGAUCGCAGAAAGACCAAAGCGAGCUGUAAGCGUCGAGGGGGAUGAAACUGGAAUUAACGACUACCUGGCUGGGUCUGUUGAUGGUGACCUGUCAGUAACCCAUAGCGCCGAGCUGGCACUAGCUCUUAGUGAGGCACUUGCUGAAGAACCCAGUGAUGAAGAAACCAUAUUUGAGUCAGUUGUCUUAGACGAUGAAGAUGAAGACCUUGAUGAAGAUCAAGACACUGACAACGACGAUGGGAACUUCAGCGAUGAAGAAACACAAUAUGAAGAGGAACUGGAGCCUGAGGGCAGCAAGCACAGCAGUGUUGAUCCAGGAUCCAGAGAUAAUGGAGAAAACGCCGACAAACAAGGAACCAGUGAAAACAAAGACCAGACCAAUGAACGUGGAAAUAAAGUAUAUGGAAACAUAGUUAGUUGGAUUAGAGGUACAGCUAAUGAUGAUAUAUCUGAAGGAAGUAAGAACGAAGUUAAUACAAAAUACGAAAGUAAAAGCAUCGAGGAGGAUGGUCUAACCAGUGUAAAUAAAGAUGAAACGACUAAGGAUGAAGACAAAGUAAAUAAGCAUAAGGUUGGAAAUACUGAGGAUGAAAAUGAAACUAGUGCUAAUGAAGGUGAAAAUACCGAGGAGGAUGAAUUCAUUCAGAAUGACGGUCAAAAUACUGAAGAUGAUAAAUUCAUUCAGAAUGACGGUCAAAAUACUGAAGAUGAUGAAUUCAUUCAGAAUGAAGGUCAAAAUACUGAGGAUGAUGAAAUUGUUCAGAAUAACGGCCAAAAGACAAAGGAUGAUAAAUUCAUUCAGAAUGACGGCCAAAAGACAAAGGAUGAUAAAUUCAUUCAGAAUGAUGGUCAAAAUACUGAGGAUGGUGAAAUUGUUCAGAAUGACGGCCAAAAGACAAAGGAUGAUAAAUUCAUUCAGAAUGACGGCCAAAAGACAAAGGAUGAUAAAUUCAUUCAGAAUGAUUGUCAAAAUACUGAGGAUGGUGAAAUUGUUCAGAAUGACGGUCAAAUGAUUGAGGAUGGCGAAAUCAUCCAAAAUGAUAGUGAACGUGAAAUCAGUGAGAAUGGAGGCCAUAACAACAAGAAUACAAACAAAGCCAAUGACAGCGCCGGUAAAACCAACAUGAAUAAAGGUGCAAACAAUGUUCAUGGAGGUAAAAUCAAGAAGAAUCUAAAUGAAAACUCUCAUAGUGCGAAAAAAGGUGGAUUUGAAGCAAAGAAAGUUAACGGCAGAAACACUGCUAAUACAAAUAAGGCCAAUCGUGAAAAUAAAAUCAUUGGCAGUGGAAAUGAAAACAGCAAACAAAAAAGUAAAAUCAAUGGACAUAUAAAGAAGACCAUUAAUAAUGAAAGUAAAAACAUUGUUGGUGCAAAGAAACCCAGAGUGAAUAACGGUAAAAACGCGACAGCAAAUAAAACCAAUCAGAUUGCAAAUGAAAAAUCUGACAGGACAAAGCAAGCCAACAUGGCCAACAUGAAAAAAAGUAAAAACAAAAAAGGUGAAAAUAAAACAAAGAAUAAAAGCAAAAAUGCAAAUAUAAAGACUGAAAAUAAGGCGAGUAAAGAAAAAAGUGGAAACAAAAAAGGUAAACAUGAAGGCAGUACGAAUAAUGAGGUUAGCAAAACUAAGUCUACCAAGUAUGUCAAGGCAAACACAUUAAACAAAAAUCAAACCAGUGGCAAUAAACGUGAUAAACAAAAUGGCGCACCAAAAGCAUUAGGAAAUGAAAAAACAAAACAAGAGAUUCAAAAUGCAUUGGCUAAAGAAUAUCUUGGACUUGCCAAGCUAAAAAAGCAAAUUCAGAAAAAAUUAGAAUACAUAAAGAAUGUCGUCAUUGGGGACGCGGAAAGUGAUAAUACAAAUAUAAGCGGCGCAACAAAGAAUGUUGCCAGUGUGAGAAACAAAAACGGAUAUACUAAUAAAAAAGUCGUGCUUGACAAACCUGUGAUUGUUAUUGAAACGGAUAAGCCACCGGAGGUGCCGAAUAAGCCACCGAAGUCGAGUGAGUCAAGGCGACUGGUGCAUAAAUUGGUUCAUAGCAUACUGGGACCCGAACACAAAGGGCAGAAACUACGAGGACUAACGGAGGCAAGAGUUAUAUUACAAAAAUUAAUUCGCAGAAUAACAGCCACCAAAGAGAACAGCACCACUGCAAAAACUAAGAAAAGCCACCGGGAGCAAACGAAACAUCACCAUAAAAUGACUGUUUUGGCGAAACAAAUCACUGUCAAUGAAGAAACCAAACCAGAAAAGCAAAGAAAGAAAAGACAACUACCUGUAUUAGAAACAUUGCUCAGCACGAAAUCUCAAUCUCAAGAUUUCAUGAACAAUAAAGUGAAGCAAGAUGAUUACAAGGAAAUAAAAAUACACUUUAUACCGAAAGAGGAAGGCGGUGAUUUUUCUAAUGCACAAGGUCAAUACAGUUCCAUACUAUCAACAGGUAAAACACAGGCUAAUAAUGCCUUUAAUAAUGAUGAUGAUGGAAGAACAAGACGUAAACGAGCAGAGACAAGUGUAAUCGAUGAAUAUGGUGAUGAUUCCAAUGAAGAUUACUUCGUGGCGAUUGGAACAGAACCUGGUGAUAAGGUAGUCGAGGUCGACCCUGAGACUGUGGAGUAUGAGGGAUCUGUAAACGAUGAUAUGGUUCUUGAAUAUAUAGAGGAAGACGCAAAUUCAGGUUAUGAGAACUGGAGUUCUUGGGGGCCGUGCACUGUAACAUGUGGCUUUGGACAUCGUCAAAGAAAAAGGAAGUGCCUGGAUUUCGAACACUGCAGAUCUGGCAAUGUGGAAAUCACUUCUUGCAAGAUGGAUGGUUGUGUAGAAGACUUUUGAUAUACAAUCAUGUUAAUGCCACCAACAUGAUUGUUUCCUAUCCUUCAAAUAUCUUGGCCGUAAGAAACAGUUUAUAAAAUCACCUGUAUUUCAUGCUUUGAUUAUGCUGAUCUUAUGUCAAGUAACUCUUGCAUCCAAUGGGCACAGUCUCGUAAAAAAUAUCCACAAAGAUACUGGUCACACCAUUUUUGUUGCUGUCCUGACGAUAUGAUUGAAUGGAUAUUACUGGCCACUCCAAGUUCAGGUUUGCGAUCUUACUAAAGCUAGUGUUAUUUAGUGGCUGGCAGACAUUUCAUUCCACCAAUCAAAGCGCCACUGAUUCAAGUUACAGAAGUCUAAAUGCAUUCUGAGUGACUGCUAACAGUAGAAGUUUGCCUCCACAGGAAAUGCCUUUGGCUAAUGCUGCAUCUACUAACGGGGACUACAGUGGAGUGGCAGUACCAUGCUAUUUCAAAUAAGCUAAUACUCAACGAAUUUAGUAUCAGAUUCGUUAUGAACAAACUGUUCCCGGCUGAGAAGGUUAUACAUUAUUUUUAUGAUGUGUUAGUGGGUAAUUAAUGUAUGGAUUACAUACUACAUAUUAUGUAUCUAUUCAACAGACCAUUUGCGUGUGUGUCUGCAGUAUUGUUGUUAGGGCAGAAUAGCAGGGGCAGCUUGCCAAGAAAUCGGAUCCCUACUGUGGGUGUAUGGUUGUAGCCUUAAACCCAUGUGUGGAACAACAUACUGCUUAAUAUUAUUAAUGUAUUUUCAAUGAUAAGUAAGUUUUGAAAAAACCCCGAUAAACUGACAAAAAGCAAAGGAUACGAUCAUACGGGGUCAGCUCUAUGUUCCCUCAGGGUAGGGUUCCUCAGCUUUAUGUUCCCUUGGGGUUAGGGUUAGGGUUAGCCGAGGGAACAUAGAGCUGAGGGAACAGAGACGUGAUCCCGAUCAUACUACACUGCCGACGUCGUCUGGGACAUAGUGAUUUAAUUUUGCUUGUUAUGUAGCCGAUAAUCCAUAAGAAUUUGCCUUUCAGAAUAGCGUAGUUUCGGGGCUUUUCUUGUACUUUGCAAGUCCAUAGGAGCCGGAGAUUGGGGGGGGGGGGGGGGGGGGGGCAAGCACUUGAGGUCUGAAACAUUUACCUUGUUUGUCCUUAUAUAUGUAUUUAUCCUGUAAUCCUACAUAAUACGAAAAAUAAAAGAAAUGUAC